AUGGAUUACGAAGCUCUCAAGGAGCAGUGGAGCGAGGUCGAGGACCGCGAUGGCGUCCGUCUCAGCUGGAACGUCUUCCCUAGCUCGCGCAUGGAAGCAUCGCGCCUCGUUGUGCCCAUCGGCGCCCUGUAUACACCUCUCAAGGAGAAGCCUGACACCCCUCUCCUUCAAUUCGAGCCCGUCACUUGCAAGCAGCCUUGCCGCUCUGUCCUGAAUCCCUUCUGCUCGGUAGACGUCCGCGCUCGUCUUUGGAUCUGCCCGUUCUGCCUCUCGCGAAACCCCUUGCCGCCGCACUACAAAGAUAUCAACGCCCAAGCAAUCCCACCCGAGCUGCACCCCUCGAACACUACGAUUGAAUACCGCCUUUCGCGCCCGGCGCCCAGCGCGCCCAUUUUCCUCUAUGUCGUCGACACUUGCCAAGAGGAAGACAGCCUGGCGGCGUUAAAGGAGUCGCUGAUCAUGAGCUUGAGUCUCCUCCCCGAGAAUGCUCUCGUCGGCCUCAUUACCUACGGAACCAUGGCUCAGGUGCACGAGAUCGGCUACACCGAAUGCGCCAAGUCGUACGUCUUCCGCGGCAGCAAGGACUACAACGCGAAGCAGGUCCAGGAAAUGCUUGGGCUUCUGUCACCGGGCAUGAGACCUGGUCAACCUCAAAUCCAGCCCGGCAGGCCUAUGCCUGCGGGCCCUGCAUCGCGUUUCUUGCUGCCUGUCUCUCAGGCCGAGUUUCAGUUGACCAAGGCCCUAGAGCAGCUUCAGAAGGACCCCUGGCCCGUUGCGAAUGACCGCAGGAACCUACGAUGCACUGGUGUCGCCCUGAGCGUGGCAGUAGGUCUCCUCGAAUCCUCUUUCCAGCAUGCCGGAGGCCGUAUCAUGCUGUUCGCUGGUGGGCCAGCUACAGAGGGACCUGGUAUGGUUGUCGGCCCAGAGCUCCGGGAGCCCAUCCGGUCUCACCACGAUAUCGACCGAGACAACAUCAAGUACUACAAGAAGGCUCUCAAAUUCUACGACAACCUCGCCAAGAGGUCGGCCCACAAUGGGCAUGUCAUUGACAUCUUCGCUGGUUGCUUGGACCAAGUCGGUCUGCUUGAAAUGAAGGGCCUGUGUUCUCAGUCAGGAGGCAAUAUGGUGCUUACGGAUUCGUUCACCAGUUCAAUGUUUAGGCAGUCGUCCAUUCGCGUGUUCGAAAAGGAUGGUGACGACAACUUGCUCAUGGGCUUCAACGCAACGCUGGAGGUAUUAACUACCAAGGAGUUGAAGGUCACUGGCUUGAUUGGCCAUGCCAUCUCACUGAACAAGAAGUCAACCUCGGUGGGCGAGACAGAGUGCGGAAUCGGCAACACGUGUUCCUGGAAAAUGUGUGGCAUCGAUCCCACGUCCAGUUACGGUGUAUAUUUCGAGAUCGCUAGCCAAGGCGGCCCCCAAGCUCACCAAGCCCCCGCCAAGGGCAUGAUCCAAUUCCUCACUUACUAUCAGCAUUCCUCGGGCCAGUUCCACUUGAGGGUAACGACGAUUGCCCGAAACCUGAGUGGACCAGCAGGCGAUCCGGCAAUCGCCCAAUCGUUCGACCAAGAAGCCGCCGCUGUUCUCAUGUCUCGCAUCGCUGUCUUCAAAGCGGAAGUCGACGACGGACCGGAUGUUCUGCGCUGGGUCGACAGGAUGCUCAUCAGACUAUGCUCCCGUUUCGCGGACUACCGCAAGGAUGACCCCUCGUCUUUCCGCCUGGAGAAGAACUUCACUUUGUAUCCUCAGUUCAUGUUUCACUUGAGAAGAAGUCAGUUCCUCCAAGUCUUCAACAAUUCGCCCGACGAAACUGCUUUCUACCGACAUAUUCUCAACCACGAGGACACAAGCAACUCGCUCAUCAUGAUUCAGCCCACAUUGGACAGCUACACCUUUGACCAAGAGUCGUCGCCUGUUCUUUUGGACAGCUCUUCUAUCCAGCCCACUCACAUUCUCCUCCUCGACACCUUCUUCCACAUUCUCAUUUUCCACGGCGAGACGAUCGCUGAGUGGAAGAAGGCGGGAUACCAGGACCAGGAAGGUUACGAGAACUUCGCGGCCUUGCUCGAGCAGCCCAAGGAAGAUGCCAGAGACCUCAUUUCCGACAGAUUUCCGUUGCCGCGUUUCAUUAUUACAGAGGCCGGAGGUUCACAGGCACGAUUCUUGCUGUCAAAGUUGAAUCCCUCAACUACACACACCACCGGAGCGUAUGGCGGCGUGGGCGCCCAGAAUGCACAGACCAUCUUCACCGACGAUGUGUCUCUGCAGACUUUCAUGGACCACUUGAUGAAAGCAGUCAAGAUGCCUCCUAAGCUCGACCCCAACGAGAUCAAGGUCAUUCACCUCCGUGCCACCGGAGGUGAGGUCGGUGCCUCCUCCGCUCUUGCCCCCAAGAUUGGUCCUCUCGGUCUGUCUCCCAAGAAGGUUGGUGAAGACAUUGCGAAGGCCACCGGCGACUGGAAGGGUCUCCGCGUCACGGUUAAGCUCACCAUCCAAAACCGUCAAGCCGCCGUCUCCGUCGUUCCCACCGCCUCUUCCCUCAUCAUUCGCGCCCUGAAGGAGCCCCCUCGUGACCGCAAGAAGGAGAAGAACAUCAAGCACAACAAGUCCGUCUCCCUCGACGAGAUCAUCGAGAUCGCGAGGACUAUGCGCUACAAGUCCUUCUCCAAGUCUCUUGCUGGCACUGUCAAGGAGGUUCUCGGAACGGCGUACAGCGUUGGAUGCCAGGUUGACGGCAAGCGCCCUCAGGAUGUUAUCGACGCCAUUCAGUCUGGCGAGAUCGACAUCCAGAUGCACCACAUGGUGCAACAGUCGCCAAACUUCGACCCUCUCCCGAUAUUCCCCCUGCAGAACAAUCACCAGCAGCAGCAGCAGCAGCAGCAGCAGCAUACGCCUCUGCCGCCACAGUCGUCGACGAUACUGCAUCAGAAUCAGCAGCAAUUAUCCUACCCUCACGCCUAUACAUUUGAUCACCGUCUGGGCAGCCUACCCACCGAGUCCGGAAACUCUCCAUUUCCAAGCGGCAAGAUCCCGAGAUCCUUUCCCAUUCGCACCUCGCAUUCGACCCAGCCGUUACAACGGCGCACCGCAACCGCCGGCGGACAGUCACAUCUCGUUGAUCGACCGGAACACCAGCUGCGGCGGAAGACCCCGAAUGGCACAAUCGAUGCAGGCUACGAUGGCUCUGCUGCCCACCUCGCCUCGGGGCCUCCGCCUUUGAAGCAAAUGAUUCUUCCAGCUGCGCCGACCGCGUAUGCUGCAAAUCGUCUUCACGCGGUGACCGACCCGAAUCACAAUUCGAAAUUCGGCUUAGGCGCACAAGGCCGCGUCUCUAUUCCUGUUGUACACGAUCGAGCUGCCGAGACUCUGAAUACCAUUUCUCCGGCGUACCCGCCGUGGGCACAUGGGCUGGAAUUUUCACAGCAGUCUAUGCUAGGCGCUGCUUCCUCGGGCCCUCAGAAUCCAGCGCCUUUGCAGUACGGCUUCAACUCCACUGGCGUAUCUUCGCACUUUGGAUCCACACCGCAGUCACGCCCUCGGUCUGCGGCAUACAAUGCUACUUCUUUCUUUCCUGGACCUCUGCCGGUGGAUGACGCCGCUGCGGCUUUUGUACCCGGGCUCCUCCAACCAGCAAAUCCUUGGUAUCCCGCACCUCAGCAACAACCGAGCUAUGUCGGUCCGCCUUCCUUUCACACUCCGUCCCCAUCGACGUACGACCAUCGCUUGUCACAAUUUCCAAAUUCGCUCCUUCGUCCGUCGGCUCACUUCACCCCGGCCGAUGCCUAUUCAUGCAAUGCCUAUGGCCAAGGCUUUCUCCAACCCAUGCAGUUCAACCUGGAAGGCCUGACCUUGGACACCAGCCUUAUCAGCGGCACUGAAAGGCCCACCACGAUCGAAGCGUCCCCGGCCGGUUUCAGGGAAAAGGUGCUUGCUCAAGCUCACCGAAGUUACGUCGACUUGCUUGCGUACCUUCACCAUGGUCGCAAAACUCAGCAAUUACGGCCCGGAUCUGCCUUGAGCACCACGUCAAGAAUGGUGGUGUAUCCCAAACCCCCCAAGCAGCCGGCUGUCACAACAGCCUCGAUGUCUCAUUAUCAGGCGGACACGGGGACAGCCGUCAAUUGUCACUUGAAGGCCAGCACUGGCAACCUAUUCAUGGGAGCUCCCGCAAGCAAAAUGCAACUGCUUCCACAAUCCGCCGGAUGGGAUAGCAACAUUGGGGAUUCGAGAGAUACCGUUUUCCCGGUUGCCAAUUCGACUAGCCCUGUGUUCCCAAGCCAAUUUGGUCGGAGUUCUCCGCUUGCAAACGCAAAAAGCUCCUUGGAAAUUCUCACCCAUCUGUGCGAGCAAAGCGGUUGGAAAUGGAUCGAUGGCGUGUUACUUGGAGGAUGUCUCCAUUAUGGCCUGGAGCAUUUUGAAGAAGCUCUAGAAUGGUUCAAUCGAAUCAUUUCACUCGAUGCCAACCAUGUGGAAGCGGUAUCGAACCUGGCAGCUACACUCUACUGUCUCAAUCGACAAGAAGAAGCAGAGACGUAUUGGCUGAAAGCUAUCAAGACCCGGCCGCAAUACCUCGAAGCUGUUGAGCAUCUGGUUGGCCUUCUCUAUAAGAAGAAGAGCCUGGAUGCUGUAGAGGUCAUUAGCUUUGUCCAGAACGCCUUGAGACUGCCACAUGGUCACUCGGAGCUCGUGGGCCCUGCUGCCGCGGCCUCUUUUUCUGCUGCAUUAAAUGACAAUGUUGCACAACUCGGUUUUGGCUCAAGCGGGUACGCGAUACCAGGUAGCGAGAAUGGCCGCAUUCUUGCUCUUGUUCAUGCCAAAGGCACCAUGCUUUACAGUCUCAAAGACAUUGCAGGGGCAUCUGAAGCCUUCGAGGAGGCAGUUCUCAUCAGCACGGGACGUCAGACUUCAUCCAUCCAGACGCUGGUGCGCCAAAUUCAGCAUGUACUUUCUCCCAGCGUCGGGCUUGGAAAUGCGCCUGGGGUAGUCACUGCUGCGCGUCCCUUACUACUCCCUCCUGAAAAGGCGAGACGCACGGCUAAAUUGGUGUUCUCCGGGAAUGGCGAACUCCCAGGGUUGCGGUUCGUGCCGGAAGGCGGACCUAAAAGAGCGGCUGUCCAGACUACGAGUAAUUCGCUGCUCUCACUCGCGAAAAUAUUUCAAGAUGCCAUGUCAUCCAGUGCUACCUCCGCUGGGCUUGUGCGGAAACCAACCGGCGUUGGCGAUAUCUUGGCGCUCUACUAUCUGUCAUUGUCUCUCCAGGAGAGCCCAUCAACCGCCAACAACGUUGGAAUUCUUCUUGCCAGCGUUCAACAGCCCGCUGCGGCCAUGUCGCCCGGAACAUUGGCAUCGCAACCUAGGAUUCCCGGCAUACCUCCAGGCAGUGGGCUGGCGCUCGCUCUGGCAUACUACAAUUAUGGUCUCCUCCUGGACCCGAAACACGUUCACCUACACACCAAUCUUGGUAGUCUUUUGAAAGAUAUUGGACAGCUCGAUCUGGCCAUCCAGAUGUAUGAGCAAGCCGUUCAGUGCGAUGGCAAUUUUGACAUUGCCUUAACAAACCUCGCCAAUGCUGUCAAAGACCGUGGGCGUGUCAACGACGCCAUCACAUAUUACAAGCGCGCCGUCAAGUCCAACCCCGAGUUUGCCGAAGCUGUAUGCGGGCUCUCCACCGCUCUGAACUCAGUGUGUGAUUGGAGGGGUCGCGGCGGGGCUCUGGUUCAGGGGGGUAAAUAUGACCGGUGGCACGUCGACGACGAUGGCAUGCUGGUGGAUGCACGUACCCAAGGAAACGCAGCCGGCCUGACGAAGAAAGUCAUCGACAUCGUUGCCCGUCAGCUCGAAGACGCAUCGUCUUGGGGUGUGGGUGUCUUGCACGAAAAUGAUAUCGCACUCUUGGCCUCUAAACUGCAACUGGCUGAUCCCAAGUCAACCUACACAGCAGCAGACCUGGCUUCGAAACUCACCAGUUGGGCCAAGAACCCUUGGGAAGGAUCCCGGCUGCUACGACUAGUGGAACGGGCUACCCGGGCUUCGAUGCGAAGAUGGUAUUACGACAAGCAUAUCCUAGGACUGAGGGCAGACGUCAAGUACGAACGUCCGCGGCUACCGUCCAACUUGACAGUGCCAUCUGCUCCCACCGUUCUGCCCUUCCACACCUUUACGUGUCCAUUGACGGCCAAAGACAUUCGAAUGAUAUCGCAACGCAACGCUUUCAGAAUUUCGUGUUCUACACUCCGGUCGCCCUGGUUGCCCAACACCGUAUAUCCGCCACCACGCCCUCCUUCGCCGCAUCUCAACGUCGGCUACGUUUCAUCCGACUUCAAUAAUCAUCCUCUGGCUCAUUUGAUGCAGUCCGUCUUCGGCUUCCACGACAGGACCCGCGUGAGAGCAUUUUGCUACGCCACGACAGCUAGCGACAAGUCUGUCCAUCGUCUGCAAAUCGAGAGAGAAGCGCCAGUAUUCCGGGAUGCCAGCACCUGGUCGUCAGACAGGCUCGUUGAGCAAAUAGUGCAAGACGAAAUCCAUAUCCUUGUCAACUUGAACGGUUAUACGAGAGGCGCCCGGAAUGAAAUAUUUGCCGCAAGACCAGCCCCAAUCCAAAUGUCUUUCAUGGGCUUUGCCGGCACUUUGGGCGCCGAAUGGUGCGACUACAUCCUCGCAGACACCACGGCCAUCCCCCCUGACACUCUGCGGCCCUGGCGUGGCAACCUGACCAUUGACGAUGUCUUCGAGGACAAAACAGAAGAGGACACAGGUGACUGGAUCUACUCGGAGAACAUCAUUUUCUGCAAGGACACCUUCUUCUGCUGCGACCAUGCUCAGUCCAGCGAUCCAGACGAGCACAAGGUCUCGUGGGAAGACGAGCAGCGACGGAGAUGGAAAAUGCGCAAGGAGUUGUUUCCAAAGCUACCCGAUGACACCAUCAUUCUCGGCAACUUCAACCAGCUUUACAAGAUUGACCCCACAACUUUCAGGACGUGGUUGCGUAUUCUUUCGAACGUUCCUCGGGCUAUUCUUUGGCUGCUGCGGUUUCCUGAACUAGGGGAGACCAACCUGCGGAGAACUGCGAAAGCGUGGGCAGGAGAGGAGGUCGCCAGCCGCAUCAUUUUCACGGAUGUGGCACCCAAGAGUCAGCACAUCUCUCGAGCACGUGUGUGUGAUCUAUUUCUCGACACGCCCGAGUGCAAUGCCCACACCACAGCUGCGGACGUUCUGUGGUCUAGCACCCCGCUGUUGACGCUGCCCCGUUAUCCGUACAAGAUGUGUUCUCGAAUGGCGGCCUCGAUUCUGAAGGGCGCUUUACCCAAGAGCCCCAAGGGCUUGGAGGCAGCGAACGACCUGAUUGCCGACAGCGAAGAAGAGUACGAGGAAUUCGCGAUCAGACUGGCGAAUGGACUGUCGUACCAGAUCAGCCGUGGAGGAUACGGCGAGGGAAGUGGUCGGCUGGCAACACUACGCAGGCUGCUUUGGGACAGUAAAUGGACUUGCGCCCUUUUCAACACAAGACGAUGGGUGGCUGACCUCGAGCAUGCAUACGAUGAAGCCUGGCGGAGAUGGGUGGAGGGUGAAGAUGGAGACAUCUACCUCUAG